CAGACAUCAGUGAGCCGAUUAGAAAUGCUUGUCCAUCUCUCGGAUCGUGGAAAGACGCUUGAAUGUCGCAUUGGAAACGGACAGGAGUUUGUCAACUCCUACCUACCCAACAUUUCAUCCGUAAUUGACGUUUUGUUCAUUGAAAAGGUGACGCUCGGAUUGGAGAAGCCGCCCGGUCUGGUCGAGCAUCCUGACGAAGAGAGCGAAAUGAUAGAAGGCACGGUAUCCACCUUUGUCUGUUCGGCUGCCGCGAUAAACCCAAAGAAUGCUGUCUACAGGUUGGAAUCAUCACCUUUUACCUUCCCUAGAAGAGAGUGGCCAGUCUUGCUUCGCCGACCACCUGAUUUGACCGCCUCGACGACUCAGCUCAAUCCUGAUGGUGGUCGCGAUAGUCGCCAAGCGAACCUUCAGGUUUCUGUCACUUCUAGCCUCCUCCUCAAAGCAUUGUCGACUUGUACUGCCUCGGUCAUAGAAAGAGGAGGUUGA